GUCCGUUGGUCCGUGAAUGUCGGUUGUCCUUCAGCAGACCGACGUUGAAAACGUGAAAGAUAUCAUGAAAAUUUAAUGUAGUUUUGCUUUGAGGAAAAAAAAAUAAUAAUACGUAAUAUACGCGUAAAUAAUUCAACUGAGAAAGUGAAAAUGAAUCAUAUUGCAAAAGCAUUGUGUAGAAUUUCGAGACUUCAAGCCAAUAAAGAUGUUUUACUUGCUUCCAAGACAUUUGUAAGGCAAUCUAGCAUAACAACUUGGAAUAAAGACUGGAAGCCUGGCCCUUAUCCUAGAACUGAAGAAGAAAAAAUAGCAGCUGCUAGGAAGUACAAUUUAUUGCCUGAAGAUUAUGAGCCUUAUCCAGAAGAAGAAGGCUUUGGAGAUUAUCCAAAAUUUCCCCCUCUUCAUAUGGAGGACCGAAGUGAUUUCGAAGCAUAUGAUUUUCCUCAUCUGAAAAGGAAUUUUGGUGAACCUGUACAUCCUGAUAUGGAGAUAUUAUUAGAAGAUAAGAUAAAUUGGACCAAGAAACUUGAUCCUCCUAUAUGGAAGAUGUUCUUAUAUGUUGCAACAGGAUUUUCUAUAUAUACACUUAUUAUGUUGUGGGAUAAUGCUCAUCCUUAUAACCAUAGGAAGGUACCAAAGCAAUAUCCACUAACUGGACAGACAUCCUACACUUUUGAACCAGCAGAUUAAUAAUUCUACCUAUAUUAUGUGAAACAAUAUUUUGGUUCUAUUGUAGAUAAAUAAAGAUCAUUACUUGUUAGUGUUCUGAGAUUGCAGUGAACAUUUAGUUUCUAUGA